CUCCAUGCCAUCUUCAGUCAGCUUGACAAAAUAGUUGGCGGAGUUCGCAAUUUCACAAUGUUCUAUGCUUCCGCGUUAGGGCAUCUGAGUUGACUCAAGUGGAAAUCUACUCUCAAACGAUGUCGAACUCAAGGGAAGGAAGUGAUGCUGUUGUUUAUUCUUCAAGAUCCGCUUCACCAGUCGCAUCUGUUUCACCUGGUAGAGGACGUCGAUCAAGAUCAUUGUCAAGGUCUAAGCGAAGUCGAUCAAGGUCCAGGAGCCAGGAUUCUGGUGAGGUAGGAAAUCCUGGAAAUAACUUGUAUGUGACAGGCUUAUCCACAAGAGUUACCAAUGCUGAUCUUGAGAAGUUUUUUAGCAAAGAAGGGAAGGUUUUGGAAUGCCAUCUAGUUACAGACCCUCGUAGUCGUGAAUCCCGUGGUUUUGCAUUUGUAACCAUGGAAACUGUUAAGGAAGCAGACCGAUGUAUCAAGUAUUUGAACCGUUCAGUCCUCGAAGGUCGAUUAGUCACUGUGGAAAAGGCGAAAAGAAAACGCGGCAGGACACCAACUCCUGGCAAGUACUAUGGUGCCAGAGAUAAACGAGGGCAUGGUCGCAGACAGUCUCGUAGCUUUUCACCUCGCCGAUAUCAUGGCAGAGAUUAUUCCCCAAGGGACAGGAAGGGAGGAUCAAGCUCUUCAUAUCAUCGGAGAGAUGAUUAUGAUUCAUACAAGAGGCACAGGGACCGUUCAUUGUCGCCAGGUGGUUACCGUAGAUAGAUAAAAUUAAUCCAUUUGAAAGCUCGGGAUCCUUACCUUAUUCACCUUCUCAAGAACUCUAGACUUCAAGUCGUCAACUGUACUGUGAAACAUUCAAACUAGCGUCUGUGAAACUGGUUGUGAAUCGUUAGUGCUGUAAGCUGCUUAUAAUUGGAUGAAUUUCUUGGUGUGUUUGAGUUACAAGCUUUUGUUGAGAACUUUAA